CUGAAUUACUCAGUGUCAUAUUUUUGUCUGGUUUUAACAUUUCUUGUUUUUAACGUAUUCUCAGUCCGUGAGUUGUUAUUUUCACAGGUCAGAUGACAUCGUUCAUCGGAGGAAGCUCUUGUGGAGCUGGCGUACCGAGGGAUCAGAUCGCCUCGUUGUUCGUGGGGGACCUUCAUCCAGAAGUGUCCGAGUUCGUCCUCCAUCAGACGUUCAGCCCGUUCGGUCCGAUCCAGUCCGUGCGGGUCUGCAGAGACAGGGUGACUCGGCGAUCCCUGCGGUAUGGUUAUGUUAACUUUGUUAACCACGCCAAUGGUAAGUUAUCUCUCCGUUCUUCACCUUGACAUCUUGGUAAUAAACAUUUGAAUUUGAAAUUUCAGCCUUGUGUAUUUUUCUCCUCGAUGUUGUUUCCUGUAAAUCAUCUUUAAAUUAGGCUAUGUGAAGUGUGCCGUACAAACAAACUUGCUAGGUCUUGUCUCUUAUCAACUCUGUCUUUCAGCUGAGAGCGCCAUGGACAGCCUGAUGUGUCAGGAUCUUCUGGGCAGACCCAUGCGGAUCAUGUUCUCCCAGCGUGAUUCCACUCUGAGGACGACUGGGGUCGGGAACAUCUUCAUCAAGGGUCUGGCCAGCAGCAUCGAUGGUGCCAGCCUUUAUGACUGCUUCUCAAUUUUUGGGAAGAUCCUGUCCUGCAAGGCGGUCUGCGAUGCACAUGGAUCCAAAGGUUAUGGAUUCGUCCACUUUGCCACCUUUGAAGCGGCAGAGAAGGCCAUCAAAGCGCUUGAUGGCAUGUUGUUGGACGACCAGCUAGUGUCCAUUGGCCACUUUAAAACCUUUCAAGAGCGUCAUGUUGAGCAGCAGGUCAUGGCUCAGGACAACGAGAGGCACUACCCGGUUCAAAAACGCCUUGACGUUCAGCCUGAAAACCAGCUCGCGCUCCAGCCCGUCAGUCGACAGACAGCAGCGUGCGACCUCGCUCAGAGUCAGUAG